AUGGCUGCUAUCCAUGAACUUGUUGCAUCAUCUGAUGACACUUCUCUCGUUAAUGUCAACAUGUCCAAUGUGACUAAAUUGACCGCUACAAACUUCAUGAUGUGGAGUCGUCAAGUCCACGCUCUCUUAGAUGGCUAUGAUAUUGCUGGCUAUCUCGAUGGAUCGGUCUCUCCACCCGAUUCUACUCUUACCAACGGCUGUGUUUCAACACCGAACCCUGCUUACAAACACUGGAAACAUCAAGACAAACUCAUUUACUCGGGUCUCCUUGGCACCAUUUCCGUCGCUGUUCAACCUCUCUUGUCGAAAGCCAUCACCUCUCGUGACAUCUGGGUGUCUCUGAAGGAUACCUACGCUAAGCCCAGCCGCACUCAUAUCAAACAGAUCCGUGACCAACUCACCCAUUGGAAGAAAGGUACCAAAACCAUCAAGGAGUAUGUUCAGGGUUUCACCAUAAGGUUUGACCAGUUGGCGCUUCUUGAGAGUCUGAUCGCUCAUGAGGAUCAAAUCGACUACAUCCUUGGUGGUCUCCCAGAUGACUAUCGGCGUGUUAUUGAUCAGAUCGAGGGUCGUGACACCGCUCCGACGAUCACAGAGGUUCAUGAAAAGCUCAUUAAUGAGGAACUUAAGCUUCAAACCGUGGUAAGUUCCUCUGUUCCUGUCACUGCGAAUGCUGUCACCUCCAGGCCCUCGGGUGGUUCUUCUCACAAUCGCCACCAGUCUCGCAAUGGUUCUCUUGGUCAGCAACAACACUAUCAGCGAGGAGAUUCUCGUGCCUCGGGUCAUGGCUACCAAGGAAGGUGUCAAUUGUGUGGUGUCUAUGGACAUAGUGCCCGUCGCUGUUCCCAACUCCAAACCAGUGGUGGCUAUCCUAUGAACUAG